AUGGCCCAAAAGGGUUGGUCUAUGCUCAAGGGUGGGACAGUUGUUAAUUCUUCUGGCUCGGCACACCUCUAUUUUGAGAUUCUACGAGAAGAUCACGCACACGCGGGUGUACAAGGGAUAAUGAUAUGGGGAACAUGGACUCCAACAAGAUGCUAUAGAAUGUGUUUAACAGACAAUAAUUUCAAAAACUUGCCGACUGGAGAUGUUGUGAACAAGCUCAUGUCAGAAUGGGGACGCCCUACUAGUUUAAAAGGAACCACAGAUUCUAAUGGUCACUUUGAAACUUCACUGUUUCAUGGAGAUUCCAAAUUCCAAUGUUUAACAAAGCCAGAAGAAGCUCAUUAUGGUGGAGGGAUAGUUCUGAAUCCUGAACUGAAUCUUGGGCUAAAGGGCUGGACAAUAUUCGGAGAUGCAAAAGUCGAGCAUCAAAAAUCCAAGGACGGCAAGAAAUAUAUUGUUGCCUCCAACAGAAAUACAGCGUUCGAUAGCUUCACACAGAAAUUUUGCUUGGAAAAGGAUAAACUUUACGUGUUCUCGGCCUGGUUUAGCGUAAGCCAGGGAAAUGCUCACAUAGCUGCCAAGUUCAAGACAAAAACUGGCGACGAAACUGCUGGAUGGGUUAUGGCCAAAAAGGGUUGUUGGUCUAUGCUUAAGGUUCACAAGAGCAAGGUGAAAUUCCAAGCUGUCGAUCAACAAGGCAAAGCAUUAGCCAAUGCCACAAUCACCAUUAAACAAAAUCUUCCAGGUUUCCCCUUGGGUUGCACGAUGAACCCGCUCAUCCUAGACAAUACUGCGUACGAAAAGUGGUUCACACCCAAGUUCAGAUACACGGUCUUCGAGAACGAGUUGAAGUGGUAUAUGAAUGAGCCCUCCCGUGGCAAGGAAGACUACGGUCCCGCUGAUGCCAUGCUCAAGUUUGCAAAGGCAAACAACAUUAAAGUACGAGGUCAUAACUUAUUUUGGGAUAAUCCGAAACUCCAACCUAAUUGGGUGGGGGGACUUUCAACAGAUGACCUACGAGUUGUUACAGAUCACAGGAUUAAUUAUGUAAUGAGUAGAUACCUGGGGCAGAUGAUCCAUUGGGAUGUUGUGAAUGAAAAUUUGCAUUACUCGUUCUUUGAGGACAAAUUUGGAGCAAACGCAUCAACUAUAUUCUACGAGAAGGCGAACCAGAUUGAUGGGAACACAAUUCCAUUUCUGAAUGAUUUUAACACGAUUGAGGAAAGUGAAGGUCUAGCCUCACCAGCUAAGUAUUUAGCAAAAAUCAGUCAAAUUAGAGAAGAAGGUUAUAACGGUCCUUUGGGAAUUGGAUUAGAGGGUCAUUUUACAGUUCCAAAUCUUCCUUACAUUAGAGCUUCACUCGAUCAACUUUCUUCUGCAAAUCUGCCCAUUUGGCUUACUGAAAUGGAUGUUGAUUCCAGACCUGACCAGGUACGUGACUCUCGUUUUUAA